AUGGCUUGGAAUCUAAGUCAUGGUGGCAGCAAUGUGACAGCAAACCGUGAGGAUGAAGUUAGAUUCCGUAGACAACUAGAAGCCCUUAACUCUGAUGAAGAAUACAAAAAUCAUCCUUCAUUUCUUCUGAUGAGACAUGACAACAGUGAAGAUCCAUCGGGGUGGAAUGGAAACCAAUCUGAAGAGAGACAACCACAAAUAGAAGGAAAUCAAGUUUCCUUCAGGAGAUUUCAUGACUGUUCCCAAUCUCGUGGCCACCCCAUUAACAGAUCUCAUGGUCACCACUCCAGAUCUCCUAGCCCCUUCAGGAGAGCUCCUGUCCACUCAGAUAGACGGCUAGUUCAUAACAACCAUGCUGGGAGAGCUAAUAAUGACCACUUAGGGAGACUUCAUCCUGGCCAUGUAAGGAGAGCUCAUAACAACCGUACAUGGAGAUCUCGAAGUCUUGAAGAGAGAUAUCGUGGUCAAAGAGAAAGAUUUAGACGAAUCCAAACAUCACCGGAAUCUGACCCUGAAAUUGACAGAACUUCUACAAUAAGAGAACAGUCUGAAUACUUAUUGGAUCAGGAACAGCACAGAAAUGAGCUAAUUAAUCUGAAUGGAGGGCUGAUAGAAGAAGGCUACGGCUCUGAUCAAAGUGACAAAAGUUCUGACAGUUUAUGGAGACCUGAAGUUGAUGCUGAAUUCCUGAAUGGUAGAUACACCACAAUUAAGACUAUUCCACGUCACCCAAAAGGAGUACGACUGAGCUUCAAUAUUGGAGCGCUUAAUAAUCAGACUAACCUGUCGCUCCAUACUAGAUUCACCAUAAUGAGGACUUUGAGACGUGCCAGAUUGAACAGUAUGAACAAUGGACAAGGAAGACAGGAAGACUGA